AUGCCGCAAUUCCAACGAAACAUCAUCAUAACGAUCGAUGACAACAAAUUUAUAUGCCGAAGGUGCGGCAAGGUGUUCACCAGCAAGCACCUGGUGGUGACGCACAUCCUCUACGAGUGCGGCAAGCAGUCGGUGUUCCAGUGCCCCCUGUGCCCCAGGAAGUGCAAGCGAAACGACGUGUUGCAGUCGCACUUGAAGAAUAUUCACCGAAUAGACUGA